CGGGACAGGGAGCAGGGCUGUCCCUGGGUUUCCUCUGGAGCAGCAGCUUUGGCCCUGGAGGAGGGGCUGCGGGGAGGGUCCGUUAGAUGCCCCUGAGCCCCGGGCGCAGGGGGUGCUGGGAGCUGGCAGGAAAGAGGAAGUGGUGGCCAAGAGGCCCUGGGGGGGCUGAGGUUCAGGAAGAGGGCGGGGCCCUCAGCCCGGACCCAGGAUGGCGGAGGCCGAUCCCCCUUCGGAGCAGGAGCUGGAGAGCGAGCCGCGCAGCUGGUCCCUGCUGGAGCAGCUGGGCCUGGCAGGGGCGGACCUGGCGGCCCCCGGGGUGCAGCAGCAGCUGGAGCUGGAGCGGGAGCGGCUGCGCAGGGAGAUCCGCAAGGAGCUGAAGCUGAAGGAGGGCGCCGAGAACCUGCGGCGGGCCACCACCGACCUGGGCCGCAGCCUGGGCCCCGUGGAGCUGCUGCUGCGCGGCUCCUCGCGCCGCCUGGACCUGCUGCACCAGCAGCUGCAGGAGCUGCACGCGCACGUGGUGCUGCCCGACCCGGCCACCGCCCGGGAUGCCCCCCACUCCCCGGGUGCAGGCGGCCCUGCCUGCUCGGCCACCAACCUGAGCCGCGUGGCGGGGCUGGAGAAGCAGCUGGCCAUCGAGCUGAAGGUGAAGCAGGGCGCGGAGAACAUGAUCCAGACCUACAGCAACGGCAGCACCAAGGACCGGAAGUUGCUGCUCACGGCCCAGCAGAUGCUGCAGGACAGUAAGACGAAGAUCGACAUCAUCCGCAUGCAGCUCCGCCGGGCCCUGCAGGCCGGCCAGCUGGAGAGCCAGGUGGCCCCGGACGAGGCCCAAGGGGGUCCGGACCUGGGGGCUGUGGAGCUGCGCAUCGAGGAGCUGCGGCACCACUUCCGAGUGGAGCACGCGGUGGCCGAGGGCGCCAAGAACGUGCUGCGCCUGCUCAGCGCGGCCAAGGCCCCGGACCGCAAGGCAGUCGGCGAGGCCCAGGAGAAGCUGACCGAGUCCAACCAGAAGCUGGGGCUGCUGCGCGAGGCCCUGGAGCGCAGGCUGGGGGAGCUGCCUGCCGACCACCCCAAGGGGCGGCUGCUGCGCGAAGAGCUCGCUGCGGCCUCGUCCGCCGCCUUCAGCGCCCGCCUCGUGGGGCCCUUCCCCGCCACGCACUACAGCACCCUGUGCAAGCCCGCGCCGCUCACAGGGACCCUGGUGGUUCGAGUGGUGGGCUGCAGGGACCUCCCAGAGACCAUCCCCUGGAACCCCUCGCCCUCGGUGGGGGGACCCGGGACCCCAGACUGCCGCACCCCCUUCCUGAGCCGCCCAGCCCGGGGCCUUUACAGCCGAAGUGGGAGCCUCAGUGGCCGGAGCAGCCUCAAAGCCGAAGCGGAGAACAACAGUGAGGUCAGCACCGUGCUUAAGCUGGAUAACACGGUGGUGGGCCAGACGUCCUGGAAGCCGUGUGGCCCCAACGCUUGGGACCAGAGCUUCACCCUGGAGCUGGAGAGGGCUCGGGAGCUGGAGUUGGCUGUGUUCUGGCGGGACCAGCGGGGCCUGUGCGCCCUCAAAUUCCUGAAGUUGGAGGAUUUCUUGGACAAUGAGAGGCACGAGGUGCAACUGGACAUGGAACCCCAGGGCUGCCUGGUGGCCGAGGUCACCUUCCGCAACCCUGUCAUCGAGAGGAUCCCCCGGCUCCGGCGGCAGAAGAAAAUCUUCUCCAAGCAGCAAGGGAAGGCCUUCCAGCGCGCCAGGCAGAUGAACAUCGACGUGGCCACAUGGGUGCGGCUGCUCCGGAGGCUCAUCCCGAACGCGACGGGGACAGCCACCUUCAGUCCCGGGGCUUCUCCCAGGUCUGAGGCCCGGCCUGCAGGAGACGUGUCCGUGGAGAAGCUGAACCUCGGGGUGGACUGGGACAGCUCGCCCCAGAAGAGCCCCGUGAACCCUCCUUCCAGCCCCUCCAGCCCGAGUUCCCCGGUCCGGGAAACGGCCACCACUGGCGAGCUGCCUUCGGAGACCCAGGAGACCCCAGGCCCCGCCCUGUGCAGCCCCCUGAGCAAGUCACCCCUGAGCCUGGAGGAUUUCAAGUUCCUGGCGGUGCUGGGCCGGGGUCACUUCGGGAAGGUGCUGCUCUCCGAAUUGCGGUCCAGCGGGGAGCUGUUCGCCAUCAAGGCUUUGAAGAAAGGGGACAUCGUGGCUCGCGACGAGGUGGAGAGUCUGAUGUGUGAGAAGCGGAUCUUGGCGGCGGUGACCAAGGCAGGACACCCCUUCCUGGUGAACCUCUUCGGCUGUUUCCAGACACCAGAGCACGUGUGCUUCGUGAUGGAGUACUCGGCCGGCGGGGACCUGAUGCUGCACAUCCACAGCGACGUGUUCUCUGAGCCCCGCGCCGUCUUCUAUUCAGCCUGCGUGGUGCUGGGGCUGCAGUUUCUCCACGAGCACAAGAUCGUCUACAGGGACCUGAAGCUGGACAAUUUGCUCCUGGACAUGGAGGGCUACGUCAAGAUCGCAGACUUCGGCCUCUGCAAGGAGGGGAUGGGCUACGGGGACCGGACGAGCACGUUCUGUGGGACCCCCGAGUUCCUGGCCCCCGAGGUGCUGACCGACACGUCGUACACACGGGCCGUGGACUGGUGGGGGCUGGGCGUGCUGCUCUACGAGAUGCUGGUGGGCGAGUCCCCGUUCCCAGGGGACGACGAGGAGGAGGUCUUCGACAGCAUCGUCAACGAUGAAGUCCGCUACCCACGCUUUCUGUCGGCGGAAGCCAUCGGCAUCAUGCGCAGGCUGCUGCGGAGGAAUCCCGAGCGGAGGCUGGGGUCCAGCGAGAGAGACGCCGAAGAUGUGAAAAAGCAGCCCUUCUUCCGGACGCUGGCCUGGGACGCGCUGCUGGCCCGGCGCCUGCCGCCGCCCUUCGUGCCCACGCUGUCCGGCCGCGCCGACGUGAGCAACUUCGACGAGGAGUUCACGGGGGAGGCGCCCACGCUGAGCCCGCCCCGCGAGGCCAGGCCGCUCUCCGCCGCGGACCAGGCGGCCUUCCAGGACUUCGACUUCGUGGCCGGGGGCUGCUAGCCCCCCCUCGCCCUGCCACCCCUCCCCCCCACCUGAGAGCUCUUGGUUUUUAAAAAGGCCUUUGGGGCGUGCCCCGCCCGUC